AUGAAUACUGAGCCGGAAGAUAUGGAAGCCGUCUCUGCACGGCCGGGCAGUGGAGAGAACCACUUGGCUCAACACAGCAUCCAAUUCACAGGCUACAGGGCCUGUCUUGAAUGCCGAAGAAAAAAGACGAAAUGUGACAUGCGUCUGCCAACUUGCGGUCUUUGCUUGAGGACAGGAAAUUCCUGUACUUUUCCGACGAAACGAGAGUCGCCUACAUUUAAGCACCCGAAUGACCGAAAGAAACGGACUGUAGAUGCCCAGAAACUCGAGCGUCUUGUCGAUCUGCUCGAAUCGCGAUUGAGUUCUGGGAACCAAGAACUUCAAGAUCUGUCCCCUCAAUCCGAGAGGUUGAUAUCCGACAAUCUCAUACAAACACCAAAAGACUCCCAGCCAGUUCACACACCAAGCACAGAGGGGAGAGAUCGAGACGCAAUCGGUUUUGCCAACGCAUCACCUCCACGAACCCCCGAAUACUCUGCUGAGAUUGGCCAGACACCAAUGAGUUGUUCUGAGUCUUUUGACCAAGCAUCAAAUUGGCUUUCAGUCCCAGAGUCUAUAGCUAUCGAACUUGUGCAUCUCUUCUUUGAAAAGAUCCAACCCUGGCUUCCGUUGCUUCACAGGCCCAAGUUCUUUGCCUCCUACAUAAACAGCAGUGCGUCAGGCUUCUGCGAUGCUAGUAGCCUGGUUGAUCACGACAAACUAAUCAUACAUGGAGUGCUUGCUCUCGCAGCACGUCACUCGACAAACGCUUAUUUAGCCGACGUGCCUGCACCUGACCGCGGUAACAAGCUGCUCAAAGAGGCAUGCGAUCUGUACGGAAAGCUACGAGCAGCUGACGAACUUCCGAGUAUAGAGUACCUCCAAGGAUGUGUGCUAUUGGCUGUGAACCUGGCUGUAGACGGACCCUGCCAUCGAACCUGGAUCCUCACUGGUGUUAGCGUCCGCAUGGCUUACGACCUUGACUUGUGUAACCUAGAUGAAGGUGAGAACGCGUGCAGUGAUACCGCAGAGUGGACCGCUAUGGAAGAACGUCGACGGCUAUUCUGGGUUCUAUGGGAGCUAGAUACCUUUCUAUCUACCAUAGCCAGACGCCCUCGCGCUAUCGACCACCGAAGGAUGGCCGUCCUUCUUCCCGUGAGCGAUGCAGCAUGGUUUGCUCAGGAGCCCGUCGAUUCGUCACUGCUAGCAACAAGGCCCUCAGAGGCAUGGAAGUGCCUUGUGAAUUCCCCCAAUCAAGAUGAGAGAGCCUGGUUUCUUGUCGCAAACUACAUCAUGGCUCUGGCCUAUGAGAUAACAACCUUCAUGCAUGACCAGGAGACAGAACGCGAAGAAAUCGUCAACGCUAUUACUUGUUUCAGUCUUCUUGUGACGCAGCGGUUUAGUUUGGGAAUCCAUCCAGGUCUUUUCAGCCUCAGCAGUCCCGCCUACCACUGGAUAAUUGGGAUGCAUUUGAUGAUUAACAGUGCACGGAUAUGUGCCUCAACAUUUGAGGGAGAUUCUCAGUCAAGCAUUUCAGCAUAUUCCCGCGAGUUCUGCCGUAUCAUUCAUCACUGGCAUCCCGAGACUGUUGUGCUUGGUCACCCCUUCUUGGCCUGUACUCUUCUAUCACCAUACAUAGGUCUUGAUAACAGGUCUUCGCCUGGUAGUAUAAGAGAUUUGAGCUCGAAUUUUGAAAUGAACCUCUUGAUGUUUGCUCAAUACGGAUCAGUAUGGAAGCUGGGAACUCUGUUGGCUGAUGUAGCGCAGCUACUCGACCAUCCCGACAGUUUAUCGGAAGAAGAAACGGUCCUUGCAAAACGAUUUAUAGCACUCUUCCCAGCGCUUUCUCGACGACAGAAGCCCCCGCCCCGAAAAACAUCGCAGGCGUGCGGAGAGAAGAUGGCAGGCAAAGGUGAUGAGAUGUCUUCGGAACGACCCCUUGAGGCUUUGGAGUUCCCUUUGCAUUUCGACGAAAUAGGCAGCCAGAUUAUUGACUCGAAUGACAUUGGGCCAGCAACUUUGGAGGAAAUGCCUCACUUCCAGAUGGAUCUUCUUGGGGACUGGAGUUCGGAGUUCCCACUUGGGGACGUGUAUAAUGAUAAUCAGCAUUUCAAUUACCUACAACUCUAA